AUGAACACGGAAGACGAAAACCUGGGGCCCCUGGUCCGCCUAUGGGGCCUCCGGACGGAGCAGCUACCGGCCCCGAGCGCAACGUCGGCCGACUUGGCACCGUUCCUGAUCGCCGUGCUGCAGGAGGCGGUCCCCUUCAUCGACGCCGUUGCGCCCAAGGACGGCACGGCACGGCCCAACGAGUGGAAGGCUAAGGGCAACAAGACCUUCCCCGAGUCGACGGCGCCCGUCGAGCUGUACGAGCGCAUCGUUCCCGCCGCGGAGCUCGCGAAGGAGGCGGCGCGGAAUCAGCUGCCGAACGGCGAUUCCGUCUCGGCUGAGACGUGGGCGUGCCGGAGGAGCAUCCACAAGGAUAAACCCGUCAAGGGGACGGCAGCGUGGGAGGAGUUUGUCAAGUGUUUCAAGGACGACCAUGUCGAGGCCGAGAAAGCGUUCACGCCGAACGUCAUGCAGGCAAGGGAAGCGCUGGCGUGGGACUGCAAUGGCAUCGUGGUCAACGAGGGGGGGAUCUCGUGGGGGGAUUUCAAGCUCAGCGUGUCAGAGAUCAAGCAUAGACUCGUGAUGCCGCUCAAGAACCGCGUGUUCCCCGAGCUCAUCGUCUCGGCCAAGGCGAGGGGUGCUGACGAGUUCGUGGUCGUGUCGGUCCCCGUGUUGGACCUUGCGGGGUCGGACCACGGUCAGCUGGUCAAGGACAAGAGCAUUGUUGUCGGCGCGUACGUGAGCGUCGAAAGAGUGCGGAGGCUGCCGACGGGGGCGAUUGAGUGGAUCAUGGCGACGGCCUCGGAUGCCAAGGGAGUGCUGCCUGCGUGGAUCCAGGCCAAGGCGGUGCUUGGGGUCGUCGCAAAGGACGUUGCGUUGUUCCUCGGCUGGAUUGCCGAGGAGCGGGAGAAGGGGACGAGCGUGGGCAAGUGGACAGCCGUCAAGGGCGACAGCGAGGCUCGCCCCGGCAGCACCAACCGCAAGGCGUCGAUGACAUUGGAGGACGCGGAGUCUUCAAACAUGCAGGGGAGAACCUCGAGGCAGGGCAUAUCUUCCAGGAACGGAACGGAGCCGGCGUUGGGAGGAACGAAUGGGACGAACGGGCAUGUUCAUGUUUGA